CCGCACUCUGCAACCGUCGACUCCUCUCUCUUUCUCUCCAAGUCUUUGUAGUGUUCAAUCAUUGCUUCGCCUAGCUUUGUUUCAAGUCCAAAGGACAAUGGCCGUUGCUGAGUAUGAAGAUCUGGAAGAAAUCGAUGAUGACCUUGAAGAAGAUGUAUCUUCACCUAGCAUGAAACAGCUGAUGAGUAUGCCAUUGUCCAACUUCGAUGCCAAGGAAAGAUAUAUUGCUGACCGAAUUCCGGAAGACUAUGCUACAUUUCCUAAGCACAUAAAGCUGAUGGAGAACACUGGGAUUGGAGAUGUUGUAAGGGAGCAAGCUCUUGCUUUCCUCCCAGCCAAGUCACUGUGCAGGUUCAAGACCGUUUCAAAAGAGUGGGAUCAGUGGAUAAACAAUCCAUUUUUUGUCCACAUUCAAACUACUCAAUUCAAGAGCGUUUCUGGUCUAUUUUGUCAGCUCCCUGGUGAAAGUCCUUCCUUCAUCUCACUUGAUACAACUGCUUUUGGUGUUCCUAAUGCAGGCCUCAGUUUCUUGCCUGAACCUGUCGACAUCAGAACCACUUGCAAUGGUUUGAUUUGCUGCCAAGGCCGUGGUGAAAAUCAAGCCUAUUACGUUUGCAAUCCUGUAAACAAAGGAUGGUGGAUGCUUCCCAAGCCAAAGUUGUAUCACGGACGCCAAACAGCCAUAGCAUUAGCCUUCGAACCUGCCAUAUUCAACUUUAAUGCAAAUUAUGAGCUCAUCUGUGUGAUCAAAAUGCCUGAUACUUGUGUUCUGUAUUUUGAGAUAUACUCCUCAAGAACAGACUCUUGGAGAAUCAGUGAAACAGUAUGCUUUGAAUUGGAUGCUUUGGCAUUGAAUGGUGAUGGAUUCUACAUGAAGGGAUAUGCCUAUUGGGAAACACAAUGUGAUGCAAUUUUGGCAUUUGAUGUUAAGUAUGAAAGUUAUGGGAUGUUAAGUCUCCCACCUGGCAGUGGACCAAAUGGUGCUUUGACAGAGAUGCGAGGGAAUUUGUACUACCUUAUGCCUCGCAAACAAGAUGCAUGCUCAAUUGAAGUAUAUGGGGAUAUAAACAUGAGCCUGAAGCAUGUGAUUCCACUUGAUCCUAAAGAUAUGGGGAAUAUGGAUGGGUUGUGCAGGGCUUUGUCUUUUGUGAAUGAUGACACAUUUAUCCUUGAGCUAGAGAGGAAGAUUAUUGCUUACAAUGCAACAUCACAUAAGGUGGAAUGCCUGAGAAAUGCAAGCGAUUAUAAAGGAUUUGCAAAGUAUCUACCAUAUGUGAACAGCCUUGUAACUGUUUCCCACCCUGUGCCUAGCAUUUGAGAAGAGCCUCAUAUCUGCCACGUGUGUAUAACUUUUCUUUUUGGUACCAUAAGACAUUUUUUCAAUUUACUCUCUUUGAGAAAAUUGCUGAUUUCUUGAUAUAAAGUUUUUGGCUGUUCAAAUUCAAAAUUCAUUGAACUUGUAAUCUCUUUAUUACUUGUGAUUCUGAAGCAACAAUCAAAUGAUAUGAAUUGGUUUUGUAUUGA